AUGUCUGGCAUCGCUUGGAGUGAUGGGCAAGCCGUCGUUGCUGCCCAGAACGGCCAGAGCGACCGACUCGGACAAACUUCACCAGCGCCCUCAUCCCUUCCUCUUCCUCCAUCCACAGUCGCAGUGCUAGGGAAUUAUCUAUACAUUGAAGGCGGCGAACAGUCUCAUUAUCUCGAUUCAGGGAAAAAGGGCACCGACAGCAACGGGAAUGAGUUCAACACGGAUGCCGGGGCAGAUCAAGCCGUCACUCAGUUCAUUCCCGUAAACCAGCGCUGGGCUCCGCAAGAUGUUCAAUUCGAUACGAUCUUGCACGAAGGUUCGGACAUGAAGAUGGUGAACUUCCCGAGUUUCUGGGCGAUUGGGAGUACACUCUACAGAUGGGGCGGCCAGUUGAGCAAUGGACUACAGUAUGCCGAAGGCGACAAACCCUACCUCUUUAGCGUUUUGCCUGGUUCUGGCGGUGGCGGCGGCCUUUCAUGGACCAAGAGUCCGAUCCCGGAUGCAAACCAACUGACAGGCUCAAAUAUGGCCUCGGCAUCCUGCGGCGAUACUGGAUUUAUGUACGGUGGCUACGCCUACAAAGCCACCAUGUAUGCAGAAUCUGAUGACACCCGGUAUAUAUCUGGCAUGCUCAUGUACAACACGACCACGCAGGCCUGGAAAAACUCGACAACGGAGAUAAAUAUUCCUGGAAGGACUUACAGUGCAGGGAAAGGGAUGUGUCUUCCCGGGUUUCUCAACCACUCCAUGGUAGCCGUUAUGGGAGGCACCGAUCUCGAGACGUCGCAGUACCGAGCGUUCACGAACUUUACGUUUUACGACCCUCAAUUGGACCGCUGGUACUACCAGAAGACCACCAACCCUCCUUCUCCAAUGGACGACUUUUGCACCGUCGGUAUCCAAAGCACCCACGGAACAUAUGAAAUAUUCCUGUACGGAGGCAUCGAUCAAUCCGGAAAGGUUUCGUCUGAUAUCUGGGUGCUAUCAUUGCCCUUGUUUAGAUGGUUCCGAUACACACUCAAUGCCAGUGAACCAAGAAGCAACCAUGCAUGCGCGAUUGCCGGGAAAAGGCAGAUGAUAUCCGUUGGCGGGAUUGAUCAGACCAACAGCUCAGCUGCUUGGACGUCCCAAGACCCGUGGUAUAACACCCUUGGAGUCUUCGACUUGGCCGAUCUGAAAUGGAAGGAUGUAUAUGACCCGAAUCUGGGAGACUACAAUACACCAACCGAGAUCUGGUCAUACUACACAGAUCAGUAUGCUUGCGGUUCAAUCCUGAGAAGAAAUUUGCUGACCUUGCAUAGAGCACUCGAGCAGAUCCAGUGGGAUAUGACUGAAGUAGAAAACAUGUUCAUGACACCUUAUUACGAGAAAAAUCCAAAAGGAUCCCAACCUAGUAAUGGCACCACCUACAACAACACCGGCAACAGUAAACCAGUCGGAGCCAUUGCGGGAGGAGUUGCAGGAGGUGUGGUAGGAGUUAUUAUCGUCUCCGCCCUUGUAUGGUUCUUUUUUCCUCGACGACGCAGUGCUGAGACUGGCAGAGACCAGUCCAACUCGUGGGAAGACUAUUCUAAUCAACAGGCAAAAGAGCUGGCCUCAACUCCUCCUGCUGACUCGGGCCCGAGCUAUGAGCUUCAUUCUACAACAGUCGUGGCAGAACUUGAG